UGGCUGCGGGUUGGAUCAUCAAGACUAUCGUUCUUGUUAAAACGUUAUAGAGAUUUUUUACAAUGAACAGAGAUGAAUUCCAAAGACACGAGCUGCGAUCCUGUUGCUAUUAUUUUGGUUACUGCUGGAAGUAGAGGGCAAAGAGUGUUGUUUCGAUAUCCAGAUCACUACAGAAGACAAGAAGUGGCAAAUGACAAGAAAGAGAUUUAUAAGAAUUUUUAUAUAGCUCCUGCAAAGGUGGAAGACAAUUACAGUUUUUCCGACAGUACAUUAGCCAACAUCCUAACACCCAAUAUAGAGUUGGGCGGCAAGAAGUUUGAGCUCAAGAUAGACAAUGUUUUGUUUGUUGGACAUCCUAUUCAACUUCAACAAAAAAAACAGGAAUCAAAGAGAGUUGAUAGCUCAAAAAGGAAUGAAAAUGUAAUGCUGAAACUUUUCAACAUCGUAUUUGUUUUAAAGGCUGGAGUAGAAAACUCUGUGAUCAACUGUUAUCAUGAUCUUUCUAAAAGACUUGCCAUAGCUCUAAAACAUGAAGAACACAGGUGUUUUUAUCUGACAUCACAAAGAGAAAAAAUGCUAACAGUACAUGAUGAAAUGUCGACGAUGCCAGAGGCUGACUUAACUGAAUCCCCAUUCCAUCACAUGUUGCCAAGAAGCUCUCUAGCAAGAGCUUUAAGGGAUACUUUUGAAAGCUUGUGUGAGAGUGGAGUUGUACAGCUCAAAGUGAAUGGAUGGGUCAAUGUCAGUUUCUGUUUACCUCAUAAAGUACACAACUUGAACCAGGGAAUGCUGACAAUCAAUCCCAAGGCAAUAGAAGCAUCAUUAGCAGCAAUGAGGCCCUAUCAUACAUUAUUGUUCUUAGUGGAUGAGGAAACCCUCCUAGCCUCACUCCCAGGCGACUGUUCUCCAGCCCUUAUGAGGCUCAUCCGAAGAGCAUCUCCUUUAAAAAGUUUCACAACACUUUCACAAGAUACAGAUAUUCCCUUGUCUCAGAUAUUUGCUAUUGCAGCCCAUCUUGUGUACUGGGGUAAAGCCUCUAUCAUCUUCCCAUUAUGUGAGAGUAAUGUCUACACUGUGGCUCCUGGGAUAUCAGUAGACAAAUCAUCAAAACUUGUUAAUGAAUUCUCAUCACGCUUUCCCAAGAUGUCCCUACAUGCAAUGCUAGCUGAGUUCUCAUUACCAAGUCCUUUGGCAGAGCAUCACAAUCCAUUGGGUUCACCACAGCAGCAGGCAGAAGAGGUUCAAAUGGUAUUCUGGAUGUUGCAGCACAGACUACUUAUACAGUUACAAACCUACGUCUUCUUGGUGCCCACGGCUCAAUGGGAUCAGCAGUCUGACGCAUUAGGAAAUGCACGAGGUCGACGACGCAUCCGAUGGAUAUUUGGUGGCAGCUUCACAGAUGAUCUUGUCACAUUUGCAGACGAUGACACGCCCCUUGGAGAUAAUGAUAGUGAUGAAGAGACAGAGUACAGCAAUAUCCUUAACAGUGUUAAAGAUUUGUCGUUCGCUGAGAGGAAAAGUAUAAUGCAAUUGGCAGUCGCGUCUGAUGAAGAAGAUCUUAAGCUUUUUGCGAGGCUCGUUCCUUACUUUCGAGGCAAACACCACCUUGAAGAGAUAAUGUACUACGAGAAUCUUCGACGAUCAAAACUCUUGACCCUAUUGGACAAAUUCAGAGAUGUUCUGUUCUUAUGCCAACACGAAGACCCGGCAACAGCCUGUUUCCAUAACAACUGAAUGCAACCAUAUUUAGGCAAAACCAGUCCCCCUCUUUUUCUCAACCCAGGGAUCGCAUAUCUUGAUGUUUUACAACGUUUUUAGUUGUAAAGGUUGGAAAAAAGGUAUAGGUUUUUUCCCUGUCAUUUUAACACAGGUAGCCCAGAGAAGUGGGUGGAAUAGUUGGCCGGGUUACCAUGGUAUCUAGUAAAGUUGAUACAGUGGCGAAUCCAGGGGAGGGGUGCAGGGGGUGCGCACCCCUCCCUUGUUCGACUUUGUGCCCCUAUACUUCGAAUAUAACCAAUACAAAAUAAUGAUUUUCCCUUUGAUUCUAAGGGGAGCACCCCUCCCUGGGUUAACCCCUGUGAUAAUAGGUGCACAAAUCGUUUUCGCUUAAUAUGGAAAAAUUGUAAUUUAAAAUCUUGUACAAAUUUUGUAAAAAGAUUAUUUUCAAAUAUCAAACUGAUUUUUUUUUUUUGUUAAACUUCAAAGAUAAAGUAAUGAGUAGUGUCCGCAAUGUUGAUCUUUUAAGUAAAAAAGAUAUGUCAAAGAACAAAAAUAAGCUGUAAUGAUGAUAAC